AUGGCCGAGCCUCCCAACGAUAUGGCCGCUCCAUCCACCCAAGACAUUGAGAUGAAGGAGGAAGCUGCAGAGGUCGCCGGAGCCACCGAGGACGAGGGAGCCCUGCCCAUCAGCCAGCCCUUCGCCGCUGACUCGGCCGUUGCGCAAACCACUCAGGCUCUCCCUCCUCCAGUCGCCCAAGCUCCCUCAGUCUCGCCAUUGCCUGCUACCGCCGCUGCGCCAAUCGCCGCCUCUCUGCCUAUCUCGGCACCCACUCCUUCGCCUGCACCUACCAGACCUUCCUCAAUUCCUCCCACAAUCUCGCUGCCACCCGAGCAGGCCCGCGAGCACGGCUCCACUGGAAGAGUCUACCUCAACAACCUCGUCACCUACUAUUUGGAAGGCAUGAAGUACUUGAUCUUCUACCGACCCGAGAAGCCAUUGAAGUGGAUGGGCGAGUUCCUCUUGAAGCGCAGUGCUGAGAUCGAGGGAGAGUGA